AUCUCCAAUGAAGACUUUCAGAAGAGCAAAUAAGACAUAUUGAUUGUCUUAAUCAAGUGGGGUGUGGGUCCACAAAGUGCUGAGUAUAAAUACUCUUUCCGGUAUUUGAUAAGAGCACAGUCAGUUUUUACAACUCUUGUGAAAAAAAAAUUAAAAUGAAACUGUUCAUCGUCUGCUUGGCCAUCUUGUCAGUCUGUUACGGACGUCCUGCUGACGCACCUGCUGCAAGUGCUGCACCUGCUGCAAGUGGUCCACCAGCUAACGCUCAACCACCCGUUGCUUUAAUCAAAUACGAGAAUGAAGGCGUCAACGCUGAUGGAUCAUAUCAGUGGAGUUUUGAAGCGGCCAACGGCAUUAAACAAGAAGAAAAGGGAUCCUUCAAACCAGGUGCUAGUGAAGGCGAAAGUAUUGCAGAAGUCUCAGGCCAGGUCGAGUAUACAGCCGAUGACGGUACCCCCAUUCAUUUAUCAUACAUAGCCAACGAAAACGGCUUCCAACCUCAAGGAGACCACUUGCCCACUCCUCCACCAAUUCCUGAAGCAAUUCAAAAGUCUUUGGACUUUAAUGCAGCACAUCCACAGGCUGAGGAUGCUGGAGCUGGAGCAGGGUCACCUCCUGGAGCAGCUGCACCCCAAGAAUAAGGAUAUUUUUUAUCUUGUAUAAUUUAACUAAAUCUGCAUUAAUGCUACGAAGACAGAAAAACUUUUGUAAAAUACUCUCUAGCUUAAUUUUAUAUUAUCAGUACCUACCAUUUCUUUACAUGUAUUAAAUAGAUACUAUUGUAUUUAUUUUUGAACUGAUAUGGAAGCCAAAAAAAAAUGCAAAAAAUACUUGAUCCUUGUUAGCUUGAUCUAGUUUUCUAUAAUUUCUUAGGUUUAUAAGUAAAUUUUAAUGAACAAUUCGUGGUAUUCCACGGUAUUCCGAGCCCCUUCAAAAGAGUAUUUAAAAAAAUAUGCCUUUUUAAGAGAUUGUGCCAUAUCAAUAUUUUUUAGUACUUUACAAAAGUUUUUGUCUGCAAAAAUUCUGUUUUGGAAUAUGCAGCAAUGUGAGCUGCUGAUAUUCAUGGUUUGGAAUCUAGUCUUGAAUGGGAUUAUUAUUUAAUUCUUUUAUACUUUAUUAUUGCAAAAUAAAAAUUGACUGUA